AUGUGAUAUACUACACGUGCACAUAUGCACACUUAGCUUAUGCAAAUUUAUGUGUUUACAAAUACUUUUUUGUACUAUAUGGCUUAAAAAUAUAAGAUGCCUAGUUCAUGUGGUACUUAACCAAAGAAACAGGAAGCUGUUUAAAACCUGGAGGAGAAACUGGGUGCACGUAUUGUAACGCAGUAUAGUGUACACAAAACCAUACUUUAAGAGUAAUAUAGAGGUUUUUUUAAAAGGUUAUUUUGACUACACACAAUUUUCAUCUUUGCUGAUUUUAAUAUAAACCUUUUGUAAGAUGCAACCCAAGGAUAAUUUCAAAUAGCAGACUGCCCAGUUGACCAGAAUUUGUUAGAUUGCUAUUACAAUGUUGGUUGUAUUUUAUAGCAGUUACUGUCAUAAGGUUAUACUUUGGGCAGUGGCUCAUGCCUGUAAUCCCAGCACUGAGGCCAAGGUGGGAGGAUCACUUGAGGCCAGGAGAUCAGGACAUAGUGAGACCUUCAUCUCUACAAAAAAUUUAAAAAUCGAAACAGAAAGAUCACUUGAGCCCAGAAGUUCAAGGCUGCAGUAAUCUAUGAUCAUGCCACUGCACUCCAGCCUGGACAACAGAACGAGACCUAUCUCUUAAAAAAAUAAAAGUUGUAUUUCAUCCUACACCCUGUAAUUUCUGCUGUAUAAUCUUGGCAGCCCCGUUCUGGUUUUACAUGAGGUGUUAACCAUUAUACAGAAAAUGUUAUUGCCAUAUAAACAUACCAGAAUUUGUACAGUUAAAUGAGCUAUAUCCUCUCUUCCACAAUCUAUAGGAAAAAAGUAAUCCUCUUGGAAAGCUAGAAACACCAUCCCAUUGCUCAAAAAAUUUUUGGCAUUGAAUUUUUGUAAUUACUUUCAGAAUUUGCUGCACGUUUUUUGAAUAUUUUUAAUGAUAGUUAAUUCUCAUCUUCUUAAGUUGAAUUUCAUUUCUGCAAGCUGCUAACAGGUCUUUAUAACCGAGACAAGUGAAUUAAGUGGGUGUUAAAGUCACUGGGAUAAAAAAAUGAAGUAUGAUUAUUUUCAUAUUUUUAGAUUUUUUAUAGUGUGUGGUUUGUAGAAAGACUCCAGGAAUAUUCUGUGCUGUGGUGGAAAUAUUGGAAUAAUCAGCCUCAUAAGGUGAUUUCUUUGGUGGGGAUAGCUGUUAGUUCAAUGUGUACCUCUAACACAUGUAUUAUGAGGUCAGUCUCAUUACAUGGUCAUAUUUCUAUUCCUUGACAACCACAGAAGUACAUAUGUUACUUUAUUUUCUAGUUAUCUUACCUGUCACUAAUUGUUCUUUUAAUAUAUACUUGUGUUAAUUUUAAUGGAGUUCAUUCUUUUCUAAAUGAUAUACUGAGAGCUUUUGUUUUCCUUCCCAAUACCAUGCUCUGCUUUGCCGUGAAACUUAUUUGUUUUAUUCACUUAACUACAUUAUUGGAUUGCUAGUUAAGUUUUCUAUUGGUUAUAUUGUAUCUUUAACUUUGAGGGGAAAGCCACUCCCGUUUUACUAAGGUAUAAAGAGGCUGCAGUCUUAGUGGAUUAUCUCUCAAUUUUGCAUUGCUCUCUUUUUUAUGUCAUUUGUUACUUUAUAACUGUCUUCGUGUAAAUUGAUCUUUUAUAAUUUAUAUCAUUAUUCAGAAUCCUUUGCCUACAGGGUGAGUCAUCCUGGUAAUCCCAUUCAGUUUUCUAUUCAUUUCUCCUUUUUUCCAGCAUAAAACUCUUUUUUGUAUACCUUUUAAGCCACACUUAUUUACUGAACAUACCAUCUUCUUUCUUAAAGCCAGAGUUUUGCCCUUACCAUAUUACUUGCCUGACAUCCCUUUUUCUUUCAUUCUUUCCGUUCAAAUACAAUGAAUCCUUCAGAAUGCUAUCAGAUCACAUCUGUUCAAGAUAAAGUGAAGCACUUGCCUUACUGAUCUCCCUGCAUCUUUCCACUUUUAUUGCAGUUAUUUAUGUUGUUCAUUUGAUACCAAAUACUACUUUGAAAUUUUCUUACUUAUUAUAUGUUUUAGAUAUUUUAGUUCUACACAUAGAUUAUAAUCUUCUGAAGGACAGGACCAUGAUUUUUCUAUGUAUCCCUUUCAGCACAACAUACAACAUAAUUCAGAAUAGAUGUUCAUAUAAUUAUUUCAUAGGCAUUCAGUAAAUUAUUUGUUAAAUUAAUGUUCUACCAUCUUCACUCAGGUAUUUCAUGUGAUUUUGCCUUUGUGGACCAUUAAAUAAAGCCAAAUAAAUAUAAUUUGUACCAUAAAUGCAUUCAUUGCUCUAAUCUGGUUAUCACUGUUAUAUUCCUAACAACUUUAUUUUGUAGAAGCUUAAGUGAAAAUGAUACGUGUUAGAAGACAUGAAACAAGGAAAAAUUCUAAAAGUCACAUGCCUGAGCAGAAAUCUCGAGUUGAUUGGAGGCGAACUAAAAGAAUUAGUAUCUCACAAUUAUUUGAUAGUGAUGAAGAGCUUGAUAGUGAAGAAUUUGACAGUGAAGAGCUUGAUAGUGGUGAAAGUGUUGAUAAUUACGAAAGUUUUGAAAAUGAUGAAGAGCUUGAUAGUAACAAGGGACUUGAUUGUAAUAAAACACCAGGAAGUGAAAGAGAGCUUAACUUAAGUAAAAUUGAAAGUGAAGGAAACAACAGUAAGUGUCUCGUUAACACUGGCAACAGUUCAACAUAUGAAGAAGAAACGAACAAAACCAAACAUAGGAAUAUUGAUUUACAAGAUCAGGACAAUCAUGUAAGUCAAGAGGAUAAAGAUCUCAACAAACAAACUGGACAAAUAAUAGAGGAUGAUUUAGAAGAAGAACACAUCAAGCGAGGAAGAAGAAAAAGGCUGUCCUCUGUGAUGUGUGACAGUGAUGAGAGUGAUGACAGCGAUAUCCUAGUUAGAAAAGUAGGUGUUAAACGUCCACGUAGAGUGGUUGAAGAUGAAGGUUCUUCAGUGGAAAUGGAGCCAAAAACUCCUGAAAAAACAUUAGCUGCACGAAAGCGAGAACAACUUCAGAAGCUCAAAGAACUCUCAAAACAAAGAUCUCGUCUGAGACGCAAUAGUGGUAGAGAUUUUGAGGGCUCUGAAAAGAAAUCCUGCCCAAGCAGUGAUGAAGAUGAUGAGGAGGAAGAAGAGGAUGAUUAUGAACCUGAUGAAGAUGGAGAUGAUAAUAGUAUCGAUGACUUUGUAGUGCAAGAUGAGGAGGGUGAUGAAGAGAAUAAAAACCAACAAGGAGAAAAAUUAACUACAUCACAACUGAAAUUAGUAAAACAGAAUUCUCUUUAUUCUUUUAGUGACCACUAUACUCAUUUUGAAACAGUUGUGAAGGCUCUUCUGAUCAAUGCUUUAGAUGAAUCUUUUCUGGGAACAUUAUAUGAUGGCACAAGGCAAAAAUCAUAUGCAAAAGAUAUGCUAACAUCUCUUCAUUAUUUGGAUAACCGCUUUGUUCAGCCUCGUCUAGAGAGUUUAGUAUCUAGAAGUCGUUGGAAAGAGCAAUAUAAGGAGCGGGUGGAAAAUUAUUGUAAUGUAAGUAUUCGUUUGAAGAAUCCUGAAAACUGUUCCUGCCAGGCUUGUGGACUGCAUCGCUACUGUAAAUAUUCAGUGCAUUUAUCAGGACAGUUGUAUAACACCAGGACCAUGAAAAUAGAUAAUUUCAUGUCCCAUGAUAAGCAGGUGUUCACUGUUGGCAGAAUUUGUGCAGACCGUACCAGAAUUUAUCAUAAACUGAAACAUUUUAAAUUCAAACUAUACCAGGAAUGUUGCUCUCUUGCAAAGAGAGAAGUUAAAGAUGAACAAGUUAAAGAAACAGUGGAAAGAAUUUUCAAGCAGUCAAAAGAAAGAGGCUGGAUUAAGAAGAAAUAUGGUCAACUUGAAGAAUAUCUCAAUUCUGCGGAUUACUUUCAAGGAGAGAAGUUUGACUGAAUUGUAACACAUUUCCAUCAGAGAAGAUUUUUUAAAUUCCUGUAAAUGUGAAGAUCAUGAUUCUUGUUUUUCUGUAUCAUGUGAUGUAUUUAUACAUUUUAUCUAUAUCUUUGUGGCAAAAUAUUUUGUUUAAAACAUAAUUAUCUUAAUUCCUGUGAAAUGGCACUCUACACUCUAAUUAAACUUUUAUCUGAUGUACAUAAAAGCAUUGUCUUAAUUUUUAAGUCUGUAAAUAUGUUUUAAAGUUACGUAAUAAUGGCUUUGUAACAGAUGACUAUCAAGUGAAUGAGCUGUUCAUAUUCUGUCAGGUUAGUCAAAAUAUAUUGUAUUUUAAAAAUGUAUUUAGACUAACAUCUACAUGUACUUUUACUGAAUUCCUGUCCUUUUACAGUAUUAAAUGAUUUUCAUUGAUACAUUUUUUACUGCUAUCAUCUAAAUCAGUGGACUGUGGAAGAAACCUCAAUAUAUCAUUCACUUCAGUCCCCUUGCUUCAGAAUAAGAUCAUAGCAUAUCUAUUCGAAGUAGAGGAAUGCUUUUUUCCUUUUCUUGAAAGUUUCUCUUUCAAAUAGAUUUCAGGCCUCCAGAGUCUUUCAACCCUCACAUUCAGGAAUAAUUUUAUAUACAUUUUCAUGCUUUAUAAUGUUCUUACUUUUUUAUUCAAUUUUGUCUAUAUGUGGAUGAUUAAGAUGUAUUUUAUUUGUUUUUAUCCAUAGCUUUUUCCAUAUAAAUAUAUAUCGUAGGGUCAGAAUUGCUAAAAGAGACAAACUCAGCCAGAAGCACUUGGAAAGCAUAUUUUGGUAUCUGCAUUGCUUUGCACAUCUAAAUUUUCCCAUAAAGUAAUCAAGUAAAAUGGUUGCAGAGUGAACAAA